GCCUCCCCUCCUGACGAAAGGCAGUGCCUCCAUGUCCAUGUCCAUGCCGGCGUCGCUUCGUCGGGUGCGAUUCGAUUACUACAACAGCAUCCUGGACUAACACCUGCACCUCAUCCUGCAGUGGCAUGCGGCCACACUGGAGGACGUGUGCAUCAUGGGGGACACUCCGCGCGCGGCGACCCUGCUGUCCGCGCUGCCCGCGCUCCACACCCUCAAGUGCCCGCUGCUGAAGGGCAUGCUGGCGCUGCUGCAGUGCCCCAGCCUCAAGAAGCUGGCCCUCAUCCUGGACCUCAACGCGUGGACGCGGCCGCUGAUGUCCGAGGCGGAGGAGCUGGUGCGCAGGGCGGCGACGCGCCUGGAGGAGCUGACGCUGGACUACAACCAGGAGAAGAACCCGGCCGCCGAGGCCGUGAACCUGGUGCUGUGCCUGGGCGCGGACGCGGCGCCCACGUCGCUGCGCAGCCUCGCCUUCGUCCUGGCCGACAGCGACGUGCCCCCGCCGGUGCUUCCGCCACUGGCCGCCGUCCUGCACCGCCUGCCGCUCCUCACCAGCCUGGACGUCAACUGCAAGCCCUCGGACGCCUUCCUGCGCGCCCUGGACGGCAAGGUGGUGCCGGCGCUCACCAAGCUCGAGGUCUGGCUCAAGGACGACGAGGACGAGUGGCUGGACAGCGAGCCGGUCCAGACGGUCUACGAGAGGCGAGUAUUUAUCUUGGAGAGCACUUGUGUGAAAGGCACUGCGCGAGGCUAGAUGGUUCGGGACCCGAGCGUAACCCGAGCGAGCGCGGGAGGACCCGAACUGGCCGAAACGACUGACCGAACCCGAAGUCGUGGUGUUUGCUCAUUUUAUGUAUUUCUUUAACUCUAGAGGUAAAAACAAUGUUACCAUGGGCAUUUUAUAAAAUGGGGCCGCAUAAGUGUUUUUUUAACAAUUUGACAAUAUGUUGGAAAAAGAAAACAACAAACAACUCUUGCAUCAAGUGAAUUAUGUGAACUGUAUUACUCAACUUAUUUUCCAAACCUUUUUAAAUAUUUGGAUAAAAAUUAAAAGAUAGAACAGAAUAUUUUUGUUUAGCUUUUUUAAAUUAGUCGAACCAAUUUUUUUCUCAAACUUGCUAAAACAAGACUCCGUCAAUGCAAGUGCCGAAAGUUUGCAGAGACGCAGAGACUUAAAAUUCUUCGGACCAGACCUUGAGGUCAAAAAGUCAGUCACAAGAGACAUUUUAGCUUAACGCUAAAAUGGAAUGAUAGCUCAAGGUGAGGUGUGGGAGAAAAACAGCUAUUAACACAAAAUAAAAACAAUUCGUAUUAGUUGUCCAUUGAAUCCUGUACUAAAGAAGUUGCGAAUAUGACUAAUGUAUUGUAGAACAUCUAACAUGCACAAACAAAAUUUAAAGAAAGUUGUAAGCUUCCAGUUGUCGUAAUCUCUCAUCGAUUAGUUUAAGAGAUUCCGCGCAACAGUUAUGGUCAGGUCUAGUCUUCGGCCUGAUAAUUUAUCUCUCUUUUUCUUCCGAAGUUUCUUAGAUAGUUGUCAACAGAAUUGAGAAGCGAAAAUGAUGCACUUGUUCACAUUUUGGAACAAAAAAA